AUGUCAGCAUUUGAGGACUUGGGCGUAAUGCCAGAGAUUAUACAGGCCGUUGAAGAACUUGAUUGGAUCUUGCCAACUCCAAUUCAACAAGAGGCCAUCCCAUUGAUCCUGGGUGGAGGUGAUGUCUUGGCCGCAGCAGAGACAGGAUCAGGAAAGACAGGCGCCUUUGCAUUACCAAUCUUACAGAUCACUUAUGAGUUUAUAAACAAUGUUGCUACGGUUCCAUCGGAUGCUGCAGCGAUUGGUGCCACAGAGACUGAUACAAUGGAUAGUGGUGACAGCGAUAAGAAUACUAUAACAUGGAGUGUGAAUGAUCGUGAUAAUGAUAUGUCAAUCGAUGGCUUGGUGUGUCAGUCACGUGCACCAGACUGGGCAGGCUGUCGAACCAACCUGGGCAUCACAUCUGGCAAAUACUAUUACGAGGCAACAGUGCGUGAUGAGGGACUCUGUCGUGUUGGCUGGGCCAUGAAGAAGGCUUCGCGAUCAAUUGGCACAGACAAGUUCUCAUGGGGCUAUGGUGGCACGGGCAAGCGAUCACACAUGGGCAAGUUUGAGAACUAUGGCCAGGCAUACGGCAACAACGACACGAUCGGCUGCUACAUCGACAUUGACGAGGGUAUCGUCAUGAUACUAGGAUCACAAAGGAGGGCGGGUGCGCCAUAUGGUACGACGAGCCAGAGCUCUUUAAGCACAUUGCCGAGACCCUGUCACCACUGGAGUUGGACGAUAACUUUAGUCUGGGCGAGGAUUCGAUCAAGAACUUUGGACAGUUUGCCAAGGACAAGGCCAAUGCACUUGGCUAUCAGGCACACACCGAGCAUCUACGUACAAGAGUUGACCAGCUGGCAGCAUUGGAGGAGAGGAUUCAACGUGACUUCC